AUGAAAACGAAACUUUGUUGGAAGGAGAAAUAUUGUGAGGAUUUUAAAAACACUUGUCUGUUGAUUAAACCGAACUCGAUAGAGAUCGUUCAAUGUUAUCUCAACUCGUUCCUUUACCUUAUACAGAGCUUUUUCAUUUUUUUUCAUACUUUUAGUAACUUUUUUUUAAUUAAAUUAUUUUUUUGCAGCCUCGAUUCUGGUGAAAUUAUUCAACUUCAACUAGAAUUGUGUAUAAAAGAUGGAGAACGAAUCCAACGUUUAUUUCAAGUAUUUACUGGACAUGCUACAGGCUCAUCAACAUUUAAAUAUUUAUUAAUAACUGAUCAAUAUAUUUAUUUAUUGGCUCCAAAAGAUGAAGAAAAUGUUAAAGAAAAGUUUGGGAAUAAAGGUUUUGAAAAUAUUAAAAAUGUUGUGACUGGAACAACAAAUGCAGAAUUGGGUAUAUCUCCAGCAAGUGUAGUUAUUGAAGAAUUGGCAGUUGAAGCUUUUGAAAGAAAUAAUAAUAGAUUGGUUAAUGGAGAACCUCCUGUUAAAUUUGAAAUUUUGAUAGCCUUACCUCUAACAGAUUUAGAACAUUUAACAGCAAGUAUCGAUGCCCAAGUUUUAUGUUUUCAUUCAAAAAAUGUCAACUUUGUAAUUUCUCCUCAAGCUUCUACAGGACAUCAAUUAAAAACUUUUUUGGUUGAAACUUGUUCAAAAAUUCUUGGAAAAACAAUCGUUUUUGCAUUAAAAAGAACAAUAACAAAUAAAAUAGCUUUGGAAGGAAUUUAUUUAAAUUCAAAAAGUUCGUCUUCAAAUUCUGAAGAAAAGAAGGAAAAAGAAAAUGAGAAUAAUAAACUUAAACCGUUAACGGUUACAGCUUCACAUUCUUCACAUUUGGCUGUUGUUAUAAAAAGAUUUUUGUCUAAUGAAUUUGGACCGGUUUGUUUGAUUGAAAUUUUUUUAUAUAAUUUUUUAAAGAGAGAGAUUUUUAAAAAACCUUGAUCUUGAUUUCGGUUGGGUACCUUGACCAGAUCCUUGCUUUUGUGUCAAGGAAAAAUCAAUGAACUCUGAAAAAUGCCUUGAUCUGGACUCUGUAUCCAGGAAAAAUCAAGGUCUGGAUUCAGAUCCAGCUCACAUUUUUUAAUAAACGAGGGCUUCGAAAUUUUUUUCUCACUUUUUUGAGGCCUUUUUAUUUGAAUUUUUACGGAUUUGUUUUUGCGGACACUUUUUGCGGACUUUGGGCUUUUUCUUUCGGACUAUUUUUGGGAAAUUUUUCAUGUGACUUCUUUUUGUGGGUUUU